UCAUGGCAGCGUCACAUUCUACGCCCGACCCCUUUCCUCUUCUAAGUUUCUAACCGUCCUGUAUUCAUUCUUCUCAAAGCUCGCUGCUGAACUCUUCGCUCGGGACGAUCUCCGGCGGCAUCGAAAUGACGAAUUCACCCUUCCGCCUCCCCUUCUUCCUCCUUCUCUUCGGCCUUCUCGUCGCCUCCUCCACCGCCGAGAUCAAAUCCCUCAAGAUCUCCUCCGACAACCGCCCCAUGAUUCUCUUCGAGAAAUUCGGGUUCACUCACGCUGGCCAGGUCUCCAUUUCCGUCAAAUCGGUCUUUGUUGCUACGUCGCUUGGUGAAAUCGAUCCUUCUCGCCUUGGAUUCUUCCUGUUAUCUGAAGAAUCGCUUCUUCAAGUCCUCCUCGAGAUCCAGCAAAAUCCUCAGUUUUGCGUUCUUGAUUCUCGCUACAUCAAUCGCCUCUUUACCUUCCGGGAUCUCUCGCCGCCGCCCCAGAGCUCGUUCAGCCGUUCCUACCCCGUUACUUCCCCCAAUGAAUAUAGCCUUUUCUUUGCCAAUUGCGCUCCUGAAUCCUCGGUUUCUAUGCAGGUGCGGACGGAGGUUUACAAUUUGGACCGCGAUGGUUCGAAGGACUUUCUCUCCGCUGGCCUUACUCAGCUCCCUUCGCUGUAUUUUGUGUUUUCUCUUGCGUAUCUUGCCUUCUUAGGGCUUUGGGUCUACUCGUGCCUCACAAAUAAGCGCAGCGUUCACAGGAUCCAUUUGUUGAUGGGUGGAUUGCUGUUGAUGAAAGCGUUAAAUCUCAUUUGCGCUGCUGAGGAUAAGCAUUAUGUCAAGACCACCGGGACGCCUCACGGUUGGGAUGUGUUGUUUUACAUCUUUCAGUUCAUUCGAGUUGUUUUGCUUUUCACAGUGAUUGUUUUGAUCGGAACUGGGUGGUCAUUUUUGAAGCCGUUCUUGCAAGAGAAGGAGAAGAAAGUGUUGAUGAUUGUGAUCCCACUUCAAGUCUUGGCUAACGUGGCCUCGGUUGUGAUCGGCGAGACUGGGCCAUUCAUUAAGGACUGGGUCACUUGGAAUCAGGUCUUCUUGUUGGUGGAUAUCAUAUGUUGCUGUGCCAUAAUUUUCCCCAUUGUUUGGUCCAUUCGAUCUCUGAGAGAGACAUCAAAGACCGAUGGGAAGGCUGCGAGGAAUUUGGCAAAACUCACUCUUUUCAGGCAGUUCUACAUUGUUGUGAUUGGAUAUUUGUAUUUCACGCGGAUCGUUGUUUUCGCGCUCAAGACCAUUGCAGCAUACAAGUAUCAGUGGGUGAGCUAUGCAGCUGAGGAGAUUGCAAGCCUUGUCUUUUAUAUGGUGAUGUUCUACAUGUUCAGGCCUGUGGAGAGAAAUGAAUACUUCAUUCUCGACGAGGAAGAAGAAGAGGCUGCGGAAUUGGCUCUGAGGGACGAAGAAUUUGAGCUUUGAAAUGGGUAUUUUCUAGUUCUUAUUCCCACUUUACUUCUGCCAUACAAAUGCAAGUGAUAUAGCUGAUUUACAAAUAGAAACUGUUGAAGUUGGGUCUGCUGCUCAUUUUGCUGAUGUUUUUUUUGUUUUGCCCUUCUUUCAACUCGUGUAGAAACUUGAAUUUGUUCUCUGCUUUUUGUUGUUAUCAACGUUUAUUUUUCAUGUCAUGUUAUUACUGACUACCGCAUACCGAGUUCGCUCAAACAUGAAAUUUCUAAAGCCUCUUUGUUCUGUUC